UUGGAAAGUAAGGUGUCGCUCGAUCCCCCGAGACUCGAUCACUACGUCAUCACAUAUACUUCCAAUGAACGAGCCGCGAGAUGAUGUCCAGCCGAGUCCGCGAUAACAAUAAACCCGCCAAAGCAUCUCUCGCGUGAAGACUCCGUUAUCUAUAGCAACAUCUCGUGCUGUGUCGUCUGCAUUUCCCGUUAUGCACCUUCCAUGCAAUGGAAAUAGCUGGACUUGUCCAAGGAUAAAGCUUUUAAUUUCUAUUCUUUGCUACAUGUAUUUUCAUUUUUGAAAAUGAUAUUUGGAGGACACUUGACGCUUGUAUUGAUCGUUUUUCUCGGUUUAUUCGACUAUUCAAUUUGCUUCAAGUGCUUCCGGUGCAUGUCCAUGUUAUCCCCAAACUCGACCUGCGACCUUUCACCCAUUGACCUCGUAGCCAUUGAAUGUGACACCUACUGCUUUACGGAAGUUAUGAUGGCGGCUGGAGUCCAUGUCUACACCAAGCGUGACUGCACACGACAGUUCGACUGCACCGAGGAGUCCACUUGCCGUGAACUCGCCCAUUCGGGCAACUGCAAAGCGUGCUGUCGGGAUAACUUCUGCAACAAAUACACUGGGAGAGCGGUGGCUUAUAACACCAUGGAGUCGAUGGGGGUGUCCCGUCACUAUAGCAACAAUCGUUGGGCGUGGCUCACUACGGCGCUGUCAGUGGGUGUAUAUCUGAGGCAGCUUUCUUCAGCAUCGUAAACCCCGUUUCGCUUUUUACUUUGAUCUAAUUUUGAGCCCGAUUUAAAGACACCAUCUUCGAUUUGUUUGGCUUGUUGUCUGUAAUUGAAAGUGCUUGACUGUGCAUAAUUUUACAGAUCACCAUGGGAGUAAGAAUCUUCUUCACAGACUUGGAACUCUAGUCUUGGCACGGCUCUCCCCGUCUCUUGGGGUUGAAAAAUCAUUUUCAUUUCACCAAGAUUCCAGAUAGUGACAUCGAAUCCUUACAGGUCAUAGUUUCGAUAUCGCCAAGUGUUUUUUUUUUCAAUCAAAGAAAUAUGUGUACGGCGUAGCAAAAAGCACAUGCAAAAAAAAAAAUAAAUUACCUAUUCUGCCGACCUCCUUCUCUUCCUUUUUUUGUUUCCAUAGUUCUGCUAGACAUGAAGGGCCGCGGCGGAACCGGGGGAGGUCGUUUAAUCAAUGUGUAAUACGUCUUACGAAAAAAAAAAACGUAUUUUGCAUGUUCAGCACCCCCGUACUUAAAAAAAAAAGUUUCGAGACCCCUGUAGACUAUUCAAUAUUUAAAAAUAAUGUUGGCACGUACGUUUGCAUCCAAAAUACCCGAAUUGAUAGAACUGCUGAAGCAAAAAUAUGGAUUCCCUUGCAAUUUUCCACCCUUUACUAUCUUAGCUAUAGUUAAUAAGAAUCAUAUUUGUCUAAUAAAAGCAUAUACACUACAUGUAUAUCAAUGCUUGCUCUACUUUCUAAAAUGUGGUUAAUUAAACGGCGGUUAAUUGUGCUUGAAGGACAAUCAAAAUGAUACAAGAUGGAAGUUUAGAAAUCCAGUUGAAUAUGGCCAUCGAUUAAAAGUCCGUUGAAAUAUUCCAAGAAGCGUAACUAUAUAGACAUGUCAAGGAUUUGUCUAAUUGGGAAGAUUGUGCUUGUUUUAUAAAACUGAAUGGUUGAUUUCAUGGGACUGUAUCUGCAAUAAAGAUUUUUAAAAAAAAUCUUUGAAUGGAAAAUGGACGUGUUUUCCUCCGGUGCUAUUUUGCAAUUUUCUGUUUUGCGGGCUUGUGGGCUUGAAAUUUAUUGGUAAAUCCCGAAUGGUAUAGCGAAAAGUGUACUUGGAAUGCAAGAAUACAGAGUCGGGUUUUCUUCUUCUUCAAGGCCGAGACAUUUUGUGCAAAAUAGAGGUCAAAUUAGUUGUAAAUGCAGUGAUAAGCCACCUCGAAAUUUGAGAUUCGAAAUUGGUGUUGCAGACGAGUCUGGUCACUGCUUAGAGUGGCAAUAUCCGGUUUACUUAUUGGUGAAGGGGAUAGGGGCCUUUGGGGCCAUGCCCCCCCCCAAGCCCUCCCCCCAAAAAUCACUACCAAGAUAAAGGAAGAAACUUAAAGGGAAAGGGUGAAAUAAUAAAUAAUUUCUGAAUAGGAUGCCAAAAUUCAUCACGUAAUAAGAUUUCUGUAUUAAAAAGCCCCCCAAAAUUUUUCGCUCAGCUUCGCUCGCUCACAGCCUUAAAAAUCCCCAUACGUCAUUUCUGGCACCCUCCAAAAUUUUGGCUCAGAACACUACUGCUUGCAACUAAUUAUAGAUUGGGUACACUCUAAAAAAUGAAGUGCUAAUUCAGCUCUUAAAGAGCGUGUAUAGUGA